GUCGGGGUCCUUUUCCGUCACACGCACACAACCAACUCAAAUUAGCCUUUAGCAAUUCAAGCUAUCAUACAUGCAGCGGUUAUCUGAGCUGUAACUGGAAAAUUGCCUAACUGUAAAGGUGUUUUAAACGCAGAGUGACUUGAUAUCUUUAGUGCUUUAUCUCAGGGGAUUUGUAGAAGGCGGUGAGCUUCUGCGUUCAGUGAACAUGUGGAGCUCAGGCCGCCGUGUCCUUCAGGAUCUGAUGAUCCACCAGCAGACUGCUGUCAGGAGUUUCUCUCUCAGUCCUGUUCAGAAAACAGUAAUAGUGGAGAGAUGGUGGCAGGUGCCCUUAUCUAAAGAAGGCCGUCCGCCCAGUCUUCACCCUCGACGACACAGAAUCUACAAGUUGGUUGAAGACACCAAACAGGCUCCGAAGCAGAAGAUGGAGCUCAUCCUGACGGCGACAGUUCCCAAGCUCGGCGUGCGCGGGGACACUGUGUUUGUGAGAAAGUCUGCUGGCAGAAAUAGGCUGCUGCCCCAAGGCCUCGCAGUGUAUCCUUCACCGGAGAACAAGCUGAUGUUUGAAGAGGAGAUAAAACUUCUGCGUGAGGGAAAGCCAGAGGAAAGAGUUCAAACCCGCUCUGGACAGUUGACAGUUGAUAUCCUUAAAAAAUCCCAUUUAAACAUUACCAGAAUGCCUUCGGAUGAAUUCCAGGUCAAUAAAGAAGUGGUCUGUCGGCAGUUCAAAAAGAAGCUGGGAGUUGUUGUGCCUCCUCAAACAUUGAGUCUGCCAUUUGAGUCAGUCAAAGAGGAGGGUGACUACUGGUGUGAAGUUCAGGUUAAUGGAAUGGACAUAGUUCGUGUCCCUCUGUCUGUGGUGCCAUAUGAGGACCCAUCGGCAAUUUAUCAGAAGCAGCUGAAAGCACAAAUGGUGCAGGCGGCCGCAGAUGCUGCUGCUGCUGAGGAGGAAGAGGCUGCUGCAAAGGCAGUGUCUGUGGCUGCAGUGGAGGAAGCUGAAGUGAAGCUGGUGUCUGAUGCUGCAGUGGAGGAAGCUGGUGUGAAGGUGGUUUCUGAUGCUGCAGUGGAGGAAGCUGAAGUGACGCUGGUGUCUGAUCCUGCAGUGGAGGAAGCUGAUGUGACGCUGGUGCCUGAUGCUGCAGUGGAGGAAGCUGAAGUGAAGCUGGUGUCUGAUCCUGCAGUGGAGGAAGCUGAAGUGAAGCUGGUGUCUGAUCCUGCAGUGGAGGAAGCUGAAGUGAAGCUGGUGUCUGAUGCUGCAGUGGAGGAAGCUGAAGUGAAGCUGGUGUCUGAUGCUGCAGUGGAAGCAGAAACAUCUAAAGACUCAGUGGGUGAAGUUAGUGAAGCUGCAGCAGGAGUCUCUGCUACUGAGGAAAAAACAGCAGCAAGUACACCAACAAGUCCAGACACAACAGCACCACCAAGUGACAGCCCGAAAAAAGAUUAAAGGACAUGAAGAUGUGAAUAGAACUUUGAUUGAUAUUGUUUACCUAUAAUACAUGUGUAUAAAAUCAGUUGUCUGUUAUUAAAUGAAUUAUUCAACUAA